GGAUCUGUGUCGUCAUCCAUCUUUACAAUCUGUGCUGUGACUCGCUGGCGGAAACGUGGCGUCACAGUCUGAUGUGUCACGAGUGUUGCUGCUGGAGGUUGAGGGCGGAAGUCACCUCGCAGUGUUAUUAGUGAGGCUGCGGACCAACUCCAUGUUGACACGAUGACUCCGCUGCUGUGAGGGGACGCAGAGCUCGGAGAGUCCGUGUGAAGGAGCUCAGACACCGGCCCGCUGACCUCACCGGCCCGCUAUAUUACCGUCUCCGUUAGCCUGCGGAUGCUAACCCCAGUCAGCCUGAAGCUGCCGUCGUUAGCUUCCACAACAACAGGAAGUCCCGCGGAUUGUUCAGUUUUGUCGUCCCGCCAGCACAGUGAGGGAUGUGGAGAGUAACUCUGCCGGCGCUCGGUGUUCUGCUGCUGGCCUGGUUCUACGGGAACUUAGUUCUGUGUUGGUUCCAACACAAUAACGUAAACACCCGAACACAGCACAACGAGCAUCACAGCGGAGCCGCCGACAGUCCGGAGCAGAGCUGCUUCUGCCAUCUCACAGGCGAUCUGGACGACUGCUUCUGUGACGUCGAAAGCAUCGACGUCUUCAACAACUUCAAGAUUUACCCUCGAAUCAAGAAGCUGACAGAGCGAGACUACUUCAGAUACUACAGGGUGAACCUGAGGCGACCGUGUCCUUUCUGGCCUGAUGACGGACAGUGUUCAAUCAAAGAUUGUCAUGUGGAACCCUGUCCUGAGAGUAAGAUCCCUGUCGGCAUCAAGUCUGGGAACUACAACAAGUACUCCCAGGCAGCGAACACGAUGUCGGACAUGACAGAGUGUGAGCAGGCGAAAGAGCUGGGCGCCAUCAAUAGCACCCUAAGUAACCAGAGUAAAGAGGCAUUUGCUGACUGGGCGAGACACGACGACGCUCAGGACCACUUCUGUGAGCUGGAUGAUGAAACGUCUCCAGAUGCUGAGUACGUUGAUCUGCUGCUGAAUCCAGAAAGAUUCACUGGAUAUAAAGGUCCUUCAGCUUGGAGAGUGUGGAACAGCAUCUACGAGGAAAACUGCUUCAAGCCCAGAUCAGUGUACCGACCUCUGAACCCUCUGGCUCCGAGCAGAGGAGAUGAUGAUGGAGAAGGUUUCUACAAGUGGCUUGAAGGUUUGUGUUUAGAGAAGAGAGUUUUUUACCGACUCAUCUCCGGCCUCCACAGCAGCAUCAACAUCCACCUGUGUGCCGAGCACCUGCUGGACGAGGGCUGGGGCCGCUCAGUCUGGGGCCCGAACGUCCAGGAGUUCCGGCGGCGCUUUGAUAUGGCCGAGACAAAGGGCGAGGGCACACGGCGUCUGAAGAACCUCUACUUCCUGUACCUGAUCGAGCUGCGGGCGCUGUACAAGGUGGCUCCGUACUUUGAGCGUGCCUUCGUCGACCUGUACACUGGAAACACGCAGGAGGACGGAGCCACCAAAGAACUUCUGCUGCAAGUCUUCAACGAGCUCAGAACGUUCCCGAUGCACUUUGACGAGAAGUCCAUGUUUGCUGGAAACAAAAUUGAAGCAAAGACACUGAAGGAAGAAUUCCGCCUCCACUUUAAAAACAUUUCCAGGAUCAUGGACUGUGUCGGCUGCAGCAAAUGUCGUGUGUGGGGGAAACUUCAGACUCAGGGUCUGGGCACAGCCCUGAAGAUCCUCUUCUCGGAGAAGGAGAUCCAGAAGCUUCCUGAACACAGUCCGUCUAAAGGUUUCCAGCUGACUCGCCAGGAGAUCGUGGCUUUGAUCAACGGCUUCUGCAGGUUGUCCACCAGUAUACAGCAGCUGCACGGCUUUCGCCUGCUGUUGGAGAACAGGUAACAGGAGGUCCACCGGGACAGUAGGUGGCGCCAGCCCCCACUGAACUGCUAUUGUCUUCAGCUUUUUAUACGUCAGGAUCAACAGUGAAACUCCCAGAAAUCUCAGUUUCCCUCUGAAACCUCCUCCUCUUUUUCUUCCUCUUCUUCUUCUUCCUCUUCACUAGACUUUUUCUUUUUCUUUGUCGUUCAGUGAAAAACUGACGUCUGUUAGUUUCAUUUUCUGAGAAUGUGAUUCAUGAUGAAAAUUUGACUUCCUGAAGGGAAUAAUAAAGACCAAUCAGACAUCUGGGAGGAAGUGAUGUAACACAGUGAUGCACGAUUGUGAUGAAGACGAUGAUAACGGUGAAGACGAAGACUGGACAGACUAAACUGUGGAAACUGUUGGAGGGAAACCUUUCUCUUCCUCUGCUGACAUUACAUCUUGUCGGAUUGUUAAAGUCGCUGUUCUGUAACUAUGCUGAAAGACUUAGAUGGAUGAAGUUUGUCAAGAUGAAA